AUGGAAGAAGCAAAGAAUGCCGGCGUUUUCCCAUUCACCCCUCAAAAGACCGACUCCAGACGUGUCAAUGUGCUGACGAUCUCUGGAAACCUGCUGGAAAUCCAGGCUUCUUGCGUCAAACACGGCAUCGAGCUGUCCCGGUUCUUCAUGACGGUGUGGGCGAUUGUCUUCUGGCAGUUCUCCGAGAAGGACUGGCUCUGCUUUGGGUUCUCAGACCUGACCAGGGACCGGAAAACGAGCGUGAAAGCAAGACUUGAUGCUCGGACUCGACUCGAUUCCCUGCUUCGGGGGGAGAGUCUGGAUCCUGAUGCACAGUCGACGAAUGAAUGCAACACGGCAGUGCUCAUUGUCAAGGAUGAUUCAAGAGACCCAGCGGAGUGGCUGGCCAACUCGGAUCUCAGUCUCGUGGUCGAUCUCGGGCAUCCAGGAAGCCUGCAACUCGUCUAUCGAUCGUCGAUGCUGUCGGAUUUCGAGUCCCGUAGCCUCGUCUCGACCACAUCCCAGGCCAUCGCCAGUAUAUCAGACGUUCCGGCCGUGCAAAUCUCGCAGCUGGCGCUCGCCUCUGGACUCUACGAUAAAUCACUGUCCGAAGCAGUCCUGGACGCCAUGGAUUUCGAAUAUCCGAUGAGAACAGGAGACAGCGUGCAAUGGUAUCGAGUCGCGGGAGGGACAAGCCGAGUGAUUGAGGAGAUGGAAAGACGCAUUUCGCGCAAGCCUGAACUGGAUACCCGCGUUUCAUCCAUCGCAUACGAACCGCAGAGAGAUCCCUCACACCCGAUGUCGGUUCACGUCGACGGAGAGGCCCAUCCCCGGAAAUACUCGGCCGUGUUCAACAGUGCCAGCCUGCCCUGUAUGCGCCGAAUGAAGAUGGGGCCAGAAACGCUGCGCCCCGGCCAGCGGGCUGCUAUCCAGUCUGUGCAUUACGAUGCCUCGACCAAGAUCGCCAUCAAAAUUCAAUGUGGCCAGGCGUCGACAGACCUGGUGAUUCGGACGUGCGUGUAUCCCUCGCCAGAAGGAGGGCAAACAUGCACCGUCCUGCUCUGCUCGUACACAUGGGCCCAGGAUGCGCAGCAGAUGGCCUCGUUGGUGCAGGGAGAUCCAGACAAACUCGCACGACUACUCCGCCACAACCUCGCUCUCCUCCAUAAGGAUUACAUGGAUGGAGUCCACGGGCGAGUGUUUGGAUACGACAAGAUGCUCCGCAUCAUCGAAGAUGAGUACGAGGACCUCCAUGCGUACGACUGGUACGCAGACCCUCAUGCCUCGGGGGCCUUUGCCUACUUUGGCCCCGAGCAGUUUCGCUAUUUCUACCCAGAGCUCGUCCGGCCCGCAGCCCAUGGACACAUGUUUCUGGUCGGCGAGGCGUGCAGCGCCCAUCAUGCGUGGAUCUCGGGGUCCCUGGAUAGCGCGUACAGAGGACGGUGUGGGGGGGGGCUGCAGGAGAUUCCGGCCGAUGUCUUGGAGUGGCAGAUGUACUUGACCACUUGGCCGUAG